AGGACUGGCCAGUGGAAGGGGGGAAAAAAAUCCCAACAACAGGAAACAGAGCCAUUCUAAUGCACUUUCUGCAAGUCCUUCACAGAUAAAGCGGCCGGUUGCCACGUCCCAGCAAACCAAAACUGUCACAGUGUCAUUCCUGUCAAGCAAUGCUGCACUAAGAGUUGGAAAGUUUAAACAAGUGACGUCACUUCUCCUCUCAGCCUCCAGUCGUGCGAGCGCUCGCUCAAAAUGUGAGCGGAUGCAGCACAUUUGGGACAAGAUUGCCGGGGACUUCUACGCGGCUGCUUUUUGAUCAGCAAGCUCACCCUUGCUCGGGGUCAUAUGGAUUCAACGCUGCGUUUACAAGGAGCUGCUAAUCAUCUGGACCGUUAACUGGAACCACAUGAAGAAAAAAGGGACCAAGCAGAAGUCCAAGACGAAAGGAAGUGAAAAUGCGUUCGGCUGUGACCUGACGGAACAUCUCCACAACUCAGGACAGGAUGUCCCUCAGGUGCUACAAAAAUGUGCAGAGUUCAUCGAGAAGCACGGGAUUGUGCAUGGGAUCUACAGGUUAUCAGGGGUCACCUCAAACAUCCAACGGCUCAGACAGGAAUUCAGCGCUGAGGCGUGCCCUGACCUUACAAAGGAAGUGUACCUCCAGGACAUCCACUGUGUGGGUUCCUUAUGCAAGCUGUACUUCAGGGAGCUCCCAAAUCCUCUGCUCACAUAUGAGCUAUACAGCAAGUUCACUGAAGUGGCCUCAGUAUGCGGCGAUCAUGAAAGACUUGUACACAUUCAAAAGAUUGUCAAGCAACUGCCGACCCCUCACUUCAGGACUCUGGAGUACCUCACAAAGCAUUUGGCCCGCCUCGCCACUUUGAGUGCCCAGACAAACAUGCACACACGCAAUCUGGCCUUGGUUUGGGCUCCUAAUCUACUAAGAUCCAAAACAAUAGAAGCCACAUCUGGAAAUGGAGACAUGGCUUUCCAGGAGGUGCGAAUACAACAGUCGGUGGUGGAGUUCAUUCUUAACCACACGGAACAGAUCUUCAACAGCGAAUGCGUGCAAAUCAAACCAAAAGAAGCCCCAAGUUUGAUGUGUGGGGAGAAGUAUGCCACGCUCCCAAUAAGCGGCCAAAGUGUGCCAAUGAAACUGAUGAGCCUGGAAGAAGCCCAAGCCCGUUCCUUAAGUCCAAACCAUCCCGUGCAUAAAGAACGCCAACGAGAGAACAGUCUGCCUGACACCACACUCUACCACACCGUCAUAGACUUGGACAGCAAGAGAAAGCUCUCUGGGAAGUCAAAGAAAUGGAAAUCCAUCUUCAAUUUGGGACGCUCCGUGGAUUCCAAAGGAAAACUGAGCCGAAAUGGAAGUGUGUUCAUUAGAGCUCCAGGCUUAACGGAAAAGGGAUCGCUUCGACCAUCCAGAAGCAUGGAGUCACUGUGCUCCUUGCCAACAGAUGAUGAAAGAACUGGAAAGAGUCCUUCAGAGGGACAAGGCAGCAUUUUUGUUCCAGACGUAAAAUCAAGAACACUGGGAUCUGAUUCACUUUAUGACUUGAGUGAACGCGAGCAAAACUGGGAGUUUAAGGGGAAAAAAUCUGGCGGAGCAACAGGCGGUUGGAACGCGGGCUUGAGCCAAAAGGGCGCGUCAUCAGGUGCUUCGGGAACCCCUCAAAGAACACUGCCAGAGCAGCUCAAGGUGUUCAAGGGAGACGAGCUGAGUGGCUACAAGCCCACAUCGCCUAAAAACAGGAGGAUGCUCUACUCGGGUUCCUCCUACAACAACACCUCUCGACCUUCCUUUCCGGGAAGCUUCUUUCCGCUGGAGUCAUCGCCGAGGCAUCAGCGUAGAGCCGUCAACAUCUCAGAGCCGUUCGCCGUGUCGGUACCGCUGCGUGUGUCAGCCGUCAUCAGUUCAAACAGCACGCCGUGCAGAGGGCUCGCCAAGGACAGAAUGGCUGCGGCCACCCUCAAACCCAGCAGAGAAACCUCAGAGCAGAGCGCUGGUGGAAAAAGCAACAUGUGUUCCCAAGUGGAGCCUGACAAGAAAGAUGAAACAGAGAAGAAAAAAUCCUUAGAACUGGUCUCAAGUGUGCCACAAGCCAGGGAAGACACAAGUAUUACUCCAGUGGAAGAGCUUUCCGUUGCAAGUGAAGGCACAGCUUCAACGCACUCGUGUGGGCAACAACUGGACAUUCAAAACGCCCCGCAACAGGAUAAGGAGCUUCAAAAUGCAGAAGAGCUUUGCUACGACGCCCGCCAAGAGCUGAAGAUAACCGAAGCUGACCUGCUGGAUAAGAGAUCUGAUUCCACGUUACCUUGCGCAAACAAAAGGUUAACCGUGGACGUAAAGUCCAAAAGAAGUCGCAGCUCUCCAUCGCUGUCUGUGUUCUGUAAAGACCCGAGUUCAAACGCCUCGCUCAAUCAUCAGUUUCACCCGCCCGGGGCUGAAUCGACAAAGAAGCAGCCGUCAGAGUCAGACAUCCUCUUUUCGCUCUAUAAAAAUGAUGUUUGGGCCAGUGAAAACAAAAAACCUGCCAGCGCCGUUUUGGAUGAAACAAACAAGAAGAUGUCCCCAAAAAGUCCACCUGCGAACAAAGACGUCCAACAGUGCCAGCUUACUUUAGAGGAAAGUGAAGUCAAAGCUCUUCCAAUUGACUCUCCAGGUGACGGCCAAAAACAAUGUGAGGAACACCAAAGUCCUAGAGGAGACCAAAAGGUCUCGUGUGAUGUGGAGAAAAUUCCCGAACUUAUUUCAAGGUUUUCUAUAUGCUUGGAAGAAAGACCCAAUUCUUUGGAUCUUCCAAUCCAGGAGGAUGAUGAAGCAUGUGCAGGAAACUCUGAGGAUCUGGACCUAGCGGAAUCAUGGGAGGACCUCAGUUCCAACAAGCAGUGGGUCACCAGUCCACUACACUCACCUGAUGUGGAGGAAUUGUUCAAACAGCAAUUGUCGCUCAGCUCACAAGCGGUGACUUUGAACUCAGAUGAGGAACAGACCUUAUUUUCUUCAUGCAGCGGCGACCAAUCGAAAAGACCAUCUCUGGCUGCCGCCUUGCCGGGAACCAUUCCCCAAACGUCCGGCAGCAAAUGUGAAACUAAAAUAACCUAUGUGCCUUCGACCCAGGCCAGCAAUGGAACGCAAGCUCCAACCGGAAAGUGCGGACCAAAAAAACAGAAAUCAUCGCAACACUUUUACAGACAGAUGUCUUAUGAUUCAGCAGGAUCGGAGAAAAGAGACGAACACAUUUCCAAACACAGACCAUACUCUCUGAAUUUAGAUUUCGGACCUCGGUGCAUUCGAGACAUUUCUAAUCAGCAAAGCCGUCCUCCACACGAGUUCGCCUCCUGUUCGAGGAGUUUGUCUGGGAGUGUAAACAACGGGAUGCUGUCCGAGUUGGACUUGUUCCUGAAUGAUCGGCAGGCACCUCUGCGACGAAAUUCCGCCCCCGUCAGUGUGUCAUCAGUACGCACUGCCUUUAUGAUAAAGACGUGCCAGGCCAAAGCCGUCCCCGUUGUGCCUCCAAAGGUGCAGUAUAGUCAGAUCCCUCCCUCCAGGAGAGACAGUGACAUCGAGGAACAAGACAAGGCAUCUCCUAAAACCAGUACAGAGAAAAGCCAGGCUGCACCUCUCCCGGUGAUGACGGAUCUGAAGGAGGAGCUGGAGAAUAAAGAGCCCGUGCCUAAGCACCAGUCACACCCAAAGGUCGAGAAACAAGCGGAGAACCCGAGGACGAACACGGCAGAAGUACCCGUCAUCGCCAGGCGACAAGCUCCGAGUCUUGAAGUGUUUGUUGACUGUCCGAGACCCAACAGAACCAACCUUCUACAAAGGCCGUCUUUUCGGAACCGCCAGAGACCGCAGAGUCUGAUCCUGUUCAGCCCCCCUUUCCCCAUCAUGGAUUACCCUUCAUCUGGCGACGACGGCAAGCUUCUGUCAUCCAUCAAGAGCCUGAAUGAGGAGGCAGCGGUGAAAGAGACAUCAGGAGAGGGGAUUGCUCUUCAAAGUAAAAUGACCAUUCCAAAAAGUGGUCAGAGACUAGAAACCUCAACCAGCUGCUUCUACCAGCCACAGAGGAGAUCCAUGAUAUUUGAUAGCAGGAACCACAGACAGAUUGAGUAAUUGUGCAGACUGGAUGAAUGUAAAUAACUGACUGAAAUAGAUAUAAAGCACAGUUUUUUUUGGGGGGGGGGGAAUGUUUUGAUUAAAUUAAGAUUUCUCACAACAGUCAUGAAGUAUUUAAGAGAAAUAAGAGUCACUGACUGAGGCCUUGUGAGGCAACAUCCGCCAUUCAGAUGAACUUAGUCUUUUUGAGCCCAUGUGCGGUGCUUCCGUCACUUUAUCACAAAUGCUUUAAAGAACAGAUGACUGACAAUCAAGCUUUUGAUCAUCAAUCGGUUAAUUGCAGAAUGAUUUUAUACUUGAAAACCAAUGAAGGUUUGACUGGAGAAAGUUUAUGGCGCAGAGUUACUGGAAAAAAAAGUCUUGCAGGUUUUCAGUUUGGUGUAAGUCAUGGCAAAAAUUUUACUUUUCCACUUGGUGGAAACUUGGCUUCGUAUUGUAAUGUAGCGACAACAAUAACAGUAAUACAAUGCUGCAACAGUUUCGUGUAAAGUCGCAUCAGGUAAGAAAAAAAAAAAUCUUGAGCAUUAAGGCUUCUGGAUCAAAAGACGUGUGUAAAAACUGAUAACGACGCUGUUGAACAGUUUACCUGCGCUAGCAUUGCAGGAACUAUACUGCUGAAGAUGUAUCGUGACAUAAGGUCAACUUUAAACAUAAGGAAAUAAAGUAUACACUAUUAAGCUUUUGACUGUGAUUAAUAUGAUAUUUAAAAGGAAAUACAUUUUCUUGGAUCAUUUUUUAAUCGACAGAAAAACCUUUUUUGUAUAUCUUUAUAUUUCUUUUUUUUUUUGGGACAAAGAUGCUUUGUAAGGCGUAUCAACCUGCGUGAUGCUUUGGAGCAAAAUCCACUGAAAGCAUCGAGGAACAGUUUUGUUUGUUCUAACUGGGUUCUGUGUUUUAUGUUGGUGUCCACACAUCUUGGAAACAUUAUUCGACACAAUGUGAUAACCAUUGUGAUUUUUAUGUCUUUUUUUUCCAUUGUUGCAUUGAGACCCCUCAGUAGGAAACUUUUGCUACAACAAGGAUUAUGACAAUAAAUACUUCAAAUGAAA